GCGGGUGAAGCCGCCAUGGACCCGCUCACGGCCCCGGCCCCGGCCUCCACCUCCACCUCCACCUCCACCUCCGCCUCCACCUCCACCUCCACCACCUCCUCACGCCGCCCGGACACCGACCCCGACCCCGACCUGUUCGACGCCAUCGUCCUGGCCGACAACGAAUUUCGUGGAAAAGGCUAUCGUGAAGGGUUUAUUGAAGGAAGUCAAUUGGGAGAAACUGAGGGACGACGAUAUGGGUUAGCAAAUGGUGCAAAGCUUGGAUCUGAGGUUUCCUUUUACAAAGGCUUUACAAUUACCUGGAAAUCGCUUCUUCAGAAUAACCCAGAUACUAAAAACAGUAAAAGACUGAAAGUCCUAAAUUCAAUGCUGGAGAUGGUUCACAGCUUUCCCUAUGAAGACCCCACCAAUGACAGGUUGCAGGAGGACUUGGAGAAGAUGCGGGCCAAGUUUAAGCAGAUUUGCUCUUUGCUGAAUAUCCAGCCCACUUUACACAAGGAGAAAGCAGCUGCGAUGUCCUUCUGAAGCACAACGUGCGACUGGUCUUAGAGGCACUCCAUCUGGGAGAACAUUCGGGCAAAGCGGCCAUUGCACGGAGUGUCUGAGUUUACUUCUGCAUGCAAAUGUAGAGGUUGGAACUGGAUAAAGUCAGAUUGUCUCAGGGUAGUAAUGGCUCCAGUAACUGCAGUUUUGAAUGCUGCUCAAAUUUGAGCUGCAAAUAUAUAUACUGCCGGGAAAGAUGAAAUUCAGAUUCCUUCAUCCUUCAGUAAGAGGAAAGCAUUUUUAUUUUUACUUGCCGUUUUUGUCUUAAUGCCACAUGCCAAAUCUGAAUUAUUUGAAACAUACACGGGGUGGAAUAGAUCAAUAGAGUUAAAUGCAAAAAUGUUGACAACAUAUGUUGGAAAUUUCCACAUCGUCGUUGUUCUUCGGUGUUGGAUUAAAAUUGACAUGCACUUUAGAAUUGAUUGGGGAGAAAUUGCAUCAUUGUAGCGCCUGUCACAACCUCACAACCCCACAAUGUGCCUAACCUUUCCACGGAAUACUUUUGAAAUAUGGUCACCAUUGAAUUGCAGAAAUACCACCGAUGUUAGAAGAUCGAAACAUCUUGCAAUUACUUUUUUUUCUUUCUCUCUCAGUAAUGUUGUUUGAAGGAUAAAUGUGGCCAGGAUUCUGAGGGAGACAACUCCGCUGCUGGAGACUGAGCUUGAGAAAACGGGUAGUUAAUGUCUUGUCUAAAGAAGACGUUUUUACCAGGGCAGCAGUCAUUCUUUGCUGGUGGACGAAAAUGCUGGAGAAACUCAGCGGGUGCAGCAGCAUCUAUGGAGCGAAGGAAAUAGGCAACGUUUCGGGCCGGAACCCUUCUUCAGACCCUUCAUUCAUUGCUGUCUGGAGAAGUGUCUCGAACCAAAACGACAACCAUUCUUUCUCUCGAGAGAUGCGGCCUGUCCCGCUGAGUUCCUCCAGCAUUUUGUGCCUAUCUUCAUUACUGCACUGCAAGUCCACCCCACCUUACGAGCUCCUGACUUAUGGACACCCAUCGCACACCAACGUGCGCUCGGGACAAGAGGCUGCUGCAGGGCUACGGGCAUCUUCUGUUGGGUGGGGACGGGGCAGUUGUGCAAACCGUCUCUCCCCACGCCUUCCCCUCUCUCCCUCAGACACAAGUGGGGUCUGGGUCGAGUUGAGCGGAGCUGGCAACACUGGGACAGUGAGGCUACUCUUUCCUUGCCUGCUCACUCUCCCAUCUCAGCUGAACCUGUGAUCCUCUCCCAGGUACUGCUUUAGUUCAUUUCCGACGUGAACUGUUCUCCAGAACAGAGCCCUGUGGUAAACUGAGGUCUUCCUGUGGUGACUCAUUUUAAACUAUCUGCUCAUACAUGAAGCGUGAUUUAAACCAAGGCUGACACUGUGUGUCGUUUUGUUGAGAAGUGUUUGGAUAUGACUAGACAAACAGUAUUUUAACUGUUUAAUGAUGAAUUUUGUUUAAAUUGCUUAUUGUAGUUGUGUGAUAUAAAAUCUAAACAAUUAUUAAAAUUUGACAAUAUUUAUAUUGAAUUUACGGAUUUGUUUUGAAUAUACGGAUUUAAUAAAUUAAUAAAUGUUAUUAAAAGUGAUAUGUCGCUAAUCA